AUGGCUGUGGAACAAAGUCAAGAAAAUUCAGAGGAAUGUAUUAUUUGUUUAUCGGAAUUGCCUAAUUGCUCUUUAGAAAAAUGGGACGUUAGCGCGGUACCUACAUCCCUUUCUGCAUCUCCUAAUGGUGUUUAUGUGGCUACGCUUCCAUGCCGACAUUAUUUUCACAAUCAGUGUUUGGAAAAUUGGUGUCAAGUUGCGAAUACUUGUCCUCUUUGUCGUAUAGAGUUUUUCAAAGUUGAUAUAUACGAAUAUGUUGGAGGUCCUUGGUUGCGAGCUUACCCAGUUGAGGAAAAAAUACAAGCAGUAGCUAACGCGGAGUUACCACCUGAAUAUGCAGAGACAAAUGAAUUGACUCGGUGUGUCGUUUGUGGUGGAUCACAACAACAGGACGUUUUGCUUCUAUGCGAUGGAUGUGAUGAUGCGUAUCACACUUUCUGUUUGGAUUUGGAAGAAGUUCCGGAAAACGAGUUUUAUUGCCCUAAUUGUGUUUUCCUAAGUAAUGAGAAUGUUAAUACUUUGGCUUCUCGUAUUUCGCUUUCUCGUCGCCGACGAACAAAUGGUCGUGCUGCCAGAGCUUCAAGGGUUUCUCAACGCCAGCAACGUGCAUGGACUAGAGCAUGGAAUGCCAUUCGAAAUCGAACGUGGGAAAAUUUGAAUUCUGAUUUAUCCUAUUAUACGCUUGAUAGUGGUAUUCCUAGGCGAAAUGAAGCUUCUGACUUGCUACGGAGAAGAAUAGAAAACACUAGGCUACGAUCCACUUCAGAUGUGAACGAUGAACAACAGCAGCAGCAGCCGUUUGUACAGACACCUAUAAUCAGUGAAUCAGAACGAAAGGCUUGGAGUGAUUUUGAUGUUGUGCUGCACACUAGUCAGGACCGCUCUACAACUGGCGAAAGAUCGAAUGAAAAGUGCUCGACUGCCUCUCAAGAUUCAUCGCUAGCAGCAGAUGGUUCAAAGAAGCUGAAAAAACCAGUCCACAGGAACCGAAAUGUUUCAAUAUCUGCGGCUCCAGGUUCUUCCUCUAAUCAAACGACAACUAAUGAUCAAGCGCACAAGCCAUCUGUACUUGCAAAUUUAAUAGAUAAUAUCAGUCGUCCGUCUUCUAUGAAUGAUUCUCAGUUUUUAUCGAAAGUUCAAUCCAUUCUGAAACGAUCUCAGGAUGGCAGCUCGUCAAGUAAUUCUAAUGAACCGCAUUUAACUCCUCUUUUUUCCAAUCUUUCUCCUCCUCUACAUCCGGAAUUAUCGUCUCCAAGUUCUAACCACAUUGAUGAGCCUUUACAACUUGCUGAACCAGAACCUGGUGAGAUUUUGAAUAACGAUACUUCACAAAUCAUUACCGAUCCGCAAACAGCUCCUCGGCCAUCCAGGCGACGAGAGCUAACCAAAUCUACAAGGCUACCUUAUGAGGUGAAGUAUCGGAUAGAACGGUUGGUUAGUGCCGCAUUGAAACCACACUACAGAAAUGCUAAAAUUACAAAAGAGCAGUUUGCUGUAUACAACAAAAAAAUAUCUCGGUCAUUAUAUUCUUUACUUUCAGAUGGAUCUCUUUCGUUUGAGAGGUCGGGUCAGUACCAAAUUACAAAUGAGAUUCGAAAGCGGGUUGAUUCUUGCAUUCGUUCCAAUGGCGAAGGCUAUUAA